AUGUCGCGCGAAGCCACAACCAACAGCUUCGCGUCCUUUGGCUCAGACUUUGAUCCCGAGCACGAAGCUCUCGAGUCCACGAAGGACAUCGGAAGAAGCCCACGACUCCCCAACAUGCAUAGCAGUGCACGGAACCGCCGCGAAAUCCAGCAGGAUGAAGAGCCAGAUUACGCCUUUAACACCUCAACAUUUGAGCAAUACCUCCCCAACUUUUCCCCAGUCGGCACAUCAGAAGAGGAGAUGGACCAUGACGAUGACGAUAGCAUUUCCAUCGAAGCCGGAAGAGGACCCGUAAAGCCUGCACGCCGUUUAGAUGACUCAAGAAACUCCUCCAUGAGCAUCGAGAAUAGCAUUCGUUCGUCGUCACCUGCUAUUAGACUCGACUACCCUACAUCGAACACACCACAGAAGUCUGCUCUGCGCAGCGCACCCAAAAGGGCUGCGAGCGAGAGUCUUCGUAAGGAUGCCCAGAUUCGACGCGCCAGCCAAGCACAAAAGGAGAACCUCGAUCCCAAGGCGACCCGAAAAGACCAGCGCCGUACUCUCUCAGACUUUCAUGCAAAGGUCCGUGACUCCUACGAAGGAUCCUUGCUUGAAGACGAACGGCCGUCGGCAGUGGCCAACAACACGCGUCCGACGCGUUUCGGAAAUCCUAACCUCUCCCACCAGAUUGCGGACGCUGUUGAGAAGGCUUCGCAGGAGGCCUAUGCUCGCGAGAUGCGUCGUGGCAAGGCUGCGGCGAGCUCUCGCAGCAUGCAUAAUACGGCUGGCGACACAGCCACCCAACAAUCAUUCCUCCUACCCGACCUACCGAACUUGUCGGAGCUAGUCUCAGGGGUGUAUGAAGAUGGUACCCCGGUAUAUGCACGCCAAAAUCGCCCGCGCACUACGCGUUUUGUCUCUCCCCUGCACGAUGCCAUGGACGUAUCUCUAACGCGCGAACAUAUACCGCUCGAUGCGGUCCCUAUUCCGGAAGACGAGAAAGCACUCUUUGUUUCGUUGAGACUACUUCAGGACAAGGUGGCUGAGCUUGAGAGAGCCAAGUUCGAUGCUGAGAAAAGAGUUGAAGAAAUGAGACAGGAGAAUGCGUUAUUGAAGACAAGCAAGUCUCGUGGAAAAGAGAAGGUUUCUCGCACCAGAUCGUAUGAGUCUGAGGAAGAAGAGUAUAGAAAGGAGCGCUUUGCGCGUGAGAAUCAAAAAUUAGAUGCAGCGAAUCUCGCUCUACAAAACAAGCUGGACAUGAUCGAGAGGAAGGCCGAGAUUCAAGAGACGGCCCUCAAACGGUUGAACCGGGAGCGAGACAUGGCGGUUUCGCAACUGGGUGUGUCCUAUCUUGAGUCACAGGACCUUAAAAAUGAGGUUGAAGCUCUUCGUCAAGAGAACGCCGAGCUUAAAUCGCAAUUGGUGAAGCUCGCAUCCGGUUCCAAGGAUCAAGACGAGACUUACGAGUCCGAAGAAUCAUCUGCAACCGAAAUAAGCGACGAAGAUAGUCAGUUUGAUACACAGACGAGCAGAAACAUCAGCAGAAGCACUAAAGACCUUACCUCGAAGAGCUCGCGCUCCCGAUCCAAGGCCGGUCGUCAGGGGCAGUUAAACACGAAGAUCUCUACCCAGGUCGACAAGGAAAUAGCUCGCUUAGAAAGAGAACGUGCUGAAGAGGCUCUGUUCUCGCUUGACCUUUCGCAAUCAAAAGAGAAAUCUAAGUCAAGAGCAGAGAAAUCCCGAAGCAAGGCCAGGACUAGCGAUGCCGCGUCCAAGAAGCAAUCUAACACCGGCAAGCAACGCGUGAAGAGGGUGGUUGUGGAGGAGAUCGAUGUUAGUGGGCCUGUUGACUCAACUGGUGAGGUCACAAACAAUACCAAAAAGUCUUCUGUGGCGGAACAAGACUUGACGCUUCUGAGCUUCGUCGACGAACGUGAAAUCGCUCAGCUACGGAAGACCUUGGAGGAGGAACGCCUGGCUCGCAAGAAGCGCCAAGCGACCGCUACCAAGGAGGUGACUGGCAAUGAGACUGGGAAUACCACCCGCCAGAGCGUGGCAAAGCCCGGACUACCUAGAAAAUCAUCCCUUAAAGAAAGCAAGGGGCUGCCAGCAAGACCCGCAUCAGCAAUGGGCGACUUGACCGCCACAUCCAAAGCUAGCAUAGCUGAAGGAGAUAGCAACCUCUCAGUGCCUGUUGAACGUCCCAGACGUCACUCAGACCAUGCUGCGACCACUGCUACUCCAAGGCGGCGACGUCGGAUGGCCGAGGAGAUGACCUCCGCCUUCAUCCUACCCGAUAUCACUCUCAAUCCUGCCAGCCUUGUCGAUAACCUGACUAAGCUGCCUGAACCCACGCAGCGUGCGCUUGACAAUGCCACCCAGCAUAAUGGCAAGAAUUGUACCGUCUGUAAGCGUGUCAUGCCUGCUGACUCUUGCGACCACUCGGUCGAGACGGUGAAAGUCCCCAAGCCUGUUCCUGUCUCGGAGCGUAUGCCUGCGCCUUCAAUUCUCAAUGAAGAUCAUACUAUGCGGCCUGCGCAGUCCCCAGAGAUUGCCCUAGCGACUGUGCUCAAAGCCUUGGAAGAUGAACUGGCACACCUGAAGAUACAGCUAGUUGCGUACCAAGGUGCUUACAACAAGCUAGAUGCUUCGCUAAGCAAGAGACAACGAAAGUCGCUUGGUGAGAAGAUUGAGAAGUUGCUGAAAGACAUCGACAUGAAAGCUGAUCAGAUCUACGCCUUGUACGAUGUACUCGAGGGACAAAAGCAGGACGGUCGUGAGAUGACCGAGCAAGAAAUGGAAGUGACUCUUCAAUCUAUUGGGAUUGACACAGGUGCCGGCCCGACAGGCGAUUUGACCGCCGCAUCCAUCAAGUCCUCCCACAAGGCCCCUGAAACGGAAUUUGACGAUGAUGAACUGCCCUGGGAAGGAUUUGAGAGCACAAUGGAACUCACGGGCCGAAGUGGUGUAAACCAUCGCAACUAA